AAUAUCUUCUUCAUCAGAUACUUGAUAAUGCAUAUAGAGAGAAUGGGUAUUAUUUGGCCAUGGAGUUGGGAAAUAAAUAUUGUAGCUAUUGUUCUAAUCUAUGUAAUAAGAAAAUUGGUUUCAAAAAGAAAAGAGAAAAAGAAUCUCCCACCAGGCCCAAGAGGAAUCCCAAUACUUGGCCAUUUCCACCUUAUGGGUAAACUUCCCCAUAGGGACUUCCAUCGGCUCGCUCAAACACACGGCCCCAUAAUGCUCCUCAGGUUUGGUUUCUCGCCAACCGUUGUGGUCUCUUCCCCAGCCGCAGCCGAACAGUUCUUGAAAACACAUGAUUUGGUGUUCGCCAGCCGCCCCAAAGAAGAAGCUCCUAAGCGCAUGGCUUUCGGACAAAAAAACUUAAGUUCUUCCCCUUAUGGACCUUAUUGGCGCACCAUGCGCAAGUUUUGCACCUUGCACCUCCUUAGCAACCUCAAGAUCGCUUCGUUUUCCCAACUCAGAAAGGAAGAGUUAAGUAUCCUAAUAGAGGAGGUGAAAAAUGUUGCAGCAAAAGGGGGAGAAUUAUCUUUCGAUUUGAGCAGUAGGGUUUCGACAAUGAGCACAGCGGUUAGUUGUCGGAUGGUGUUCGGGAAGAAGUAUGGUGACGACGAUUUUGAUAAGAGGGGGUUCAAGUAUGUAAUACAGGAAAUGAUGGAGCUUGUUAUCACUCCCAAUCUUGCUAACUAUUUUCCAUAUAUUGGAGUUUUCGAUCUGCAGGGUCUCACUCGCCGCAUGAAGGUGGUAGGCAAGGUUCUUGACUCCUUCUUUGAAAGGGUGAUAGAAGAACAUGUUAUGGUCGAUUCGGGUCAUGAAGGGAAGGACUUUCUUACCAUUUUACUCUCCUUCAUGGAUUCUCAUGAAGAUAAUGUUGAAUUUGGUAUUGGUAGAGACCAUGUCAAAGCCACCAUGCUGGAUAUGUUGGCGGCGUCAAUGGACACAACGGCGACCACAAUUGAUUGGGUUUUAUCCGAGUUGAUAAAGAACCCGACAAUCAUGAAGAAAGUGCAAGAAGAGAUCGAACAAGUGGUAAGCAUGGAGAGAACAGUUGAAGAAUCAGAUCUCGAAAAGUUAACCUACUUGAAUAUGGUGAUCAAAGAAACACUCCGUUUGCACCCAACCGUACCACUCCUCCUUCCACACGAGUCCAUGGAGGAUUGCACCAUCGAAGGCUUCCACAUCCCUCGCAAUUCACGAGUCUUCAUAAACGUGUGGGCAAUAGGACGCGACAAGGGCUCGUGGACCGACCCAGAAAUGUUUGUGCCAGAGAGAUUUGAGGGGACCAAUGUAGAUCUUCGUGGGCGUGACUUUGAGCUUAUCCCGUUUGGUUCUGGUAGAAGGGGUUGCCCCGGGAUUCAACUAGGACUCGUUCUGGUCCAGUUCGUGGUAGCUCAGUUAGUGCAUUGCUUUAAUUGGAAGCUUCCGGGUGGAAUUUCACCGGAGGAACUUGACAUGACGGAGGUUCUAGGCAUCGUUUCGGCUAGAGCCAAACAUCUUGUGGCAAUUCCGACCUAUCGCCUUCACAUUUAAGUA